UGUGGAGGUACAUUUUACAACACGAAUCGUUUAUUUGUCGUCAAUUUUUGAAGUGAAAUUCACUUUUAACAAUACUCACAUCAGAUUUGUUGGUACAAAUAAUUUGCCUGUGUGGAAGUCUCCCAUCUUGAGGGAAGCGGUUCCAGAAAAAAAAAACACUCCCCACGAGCGAGAGCUGGGGCUGUCGCCAAUGACCCGAUGCCGCCGCGGCGGCUCGCCGCCGGCGCCUCCGCCCCCGCUCGAAAACGACGACCUCCUCCGUGAGAUCCUGCUCCGCCUCCCGCCGCAGCCCUCUUCCCUUCCCCGCGCCUCCGCCGUCUGCAAGCGGUGGCGAUGCGUCGCCGUCGACCCCAAAUUCACCGCCCGCUUCCGCGCCCACCACGGGAAGCCGCCCCUCCUCGGCGUGUUCCAGCACCGCGAUGACGGCAUCGUGUUCGCCCCCGUCCUGGCCCCUCCCGACCGCGUUCCUCCCCAGCGCUUCGACCUGCGAAUCCCCGACGACCACCCCUACCUGGGGCCACAGUUGCUCGGCUGCCGCCACGGCCGCGUCCUCGUAUUCGACCGGCCGCGUGCGGAGGUCCUUGUUGGCGAUCCCAUCGCGGGCGAGGAGCGCCGCGUGGCCGUUCCGCCGGAGUUCAGAACGGCCGGCGUCAACGGGGCGGUACUCUGCGCUGACCGCGGCCAGGGACACGUGCACGGCGGCUGCCAUGCCAGCCCCUUCAAGGUGGUGUUGGUGUUCAUGCGCAUCCACGAAUAUCAAGCCCUCGCGCGUGUCUACUCCUCGGAGACCAACACAUGGGGACAUCCCUCACAACAGGGGCUCCAUAUCCAGGUUCGACUUGUGGUGGUUCUCAGAGCAUCCUUGUUGGUAAUGUUCUUUACUGGCUGUUAAGUCAUGCGGAAGACGGCAUACUUCAGUUUGAUUUGGAUAGACAAAGCCUCGAUGUGAUCGAGGCCCCUCCCAGGAUGAAUGUUCCCUGCAACUGUCAGAUAAUCCAGGCCGAGGAUGGUACUCUUGGCCUCGCCAUAUUGUCUCACCGUUACCAUAACAUUCAAAUGUGGCAGAGGAAGGUUAAUUGCAAUGGUGUUGGCACAUGGGUGCGGUUGAAGACCACUGAAAUGCAUGACAUUCAUGGGCUCCCUCCUCCAGCAAGGAGGGGGAUGGAAUUGAUACGGGGAUAUGCCGAGGAUGCUGAUGAAAUAUUUUUAUAUCUGGACGACACUUUCUAUAUGGUUCAACUUAAGUCGAUGCGAUCAAGAAAACUCUGGGAAACCCAUCACAUUACCCUUUGUCAUUCUUUCAACAGUUUCUAUAUGCCAGGCAUUGGAAUUGCUGGUGGACGAUUCAAUGGAUGACUAUCUGGUUUGAUGUGGUAAUCUGCUUAAAUGGCUCAGCAGGUUAGAACAUCAUCUGAAUAUAAUUUGGGAGGUUUGGACAAAAUGAUAACCAGAUGGUCCAGAUAUUGAAUAUGGUGGUGGUGUUGAUAUUACCAGUUUGUGCCUAUCUAACCAUGCCUAAAGCUCUCAUUGAUAUAGCUCUGUUCUGAAUCAGUAAGCUGGAAGGGUUGUGUUAGUAGUCCAUUUUGUUAUUAGAGAUAGUCAGUUGCAACAUUGACUCCCCCACCCCAACAGAUUAGAGUGUCAGAACGCUCCAAAGAUUUAUUUUGUGUUGCUGGUAUUUUUCUUAGAUAUAAUCAGGAAUAUGAUCUCUAUUACAUAGCUCUUCCUUAUGUUGCUGAACACUCAUUUUGUUUAUACCUAUUAGGUUCUACUAUUA